GAUCAUUUUAGCAUUCACCCUGCUGGCGCACACCUACACGCUGCACGACGUAUGCGCCCCACACCUGCCUUCGCUGAACGACGCUCCUGACGACACAUACAACGACCGCCGACACACGACCUGUCCCACAACGACCCUUUCCUGCCGCCAAGUAUACAGGGGAGCAGCCUGGACAAGAGACGUCCCUCUCGCCCUACACACUUCUGCAG